UUAUGCAACAGCUAACCUAAUUUAACAGCACAGGUAAUUACAAAAAAAAAAUAACUUAUGUAUCUGCAAUGGUUAGUAUGUCAGAAGUGAUAUAGAAGUUCUUGAACCCAAAUUAGAUUUGAAUUCUAAAAUUUCAUUUUUGUGGGAAGCCAAAAAAGUUCAAAUUGACUGUUGUUUUUACGUCUCGAUGAAGAUGUCCAAUUACAGUUGAAUACAAUUUACUUGUGUGACUGAACGCCCUCCCAAAAGUGCAUUUUAAUGGAUCCUUUGUUUAAUUCGCUCCGGACUUCUCAGAGGAAUCCAGUUCGCUCGGUGCAAAGGGUUAAAAUGUGAAAUUUGGAACUAUUCUAAUCACUCUGGUCGACAUUUUGAGCGAAUGUUACAGAGGGUACGCUUUUUGGUCGAUGCCAAGGGUCAACUUGGGUGGUUGCUCUAAUUUCCACAGUCACUCAUUAACCAGUAGGUGGGCGCAAAGAUGACCCUUUUUUAUUCUUUGGGGGGCGGGGGGGGGGGGGGGAUUCUACAAAACCAAAAGUUGCACAGCUGUCCGAAUUUACAUGAACCACGGGUAAGGUGGCCCGAGGCGAAGUGAAUUAAUCAUCAGUCUGACUCACUGCAAAGAAACGACUCUCUUUUUCUGACAGGACCGGUUCUGACAAAGCGCAUACUUUUUUGGAGCCCGCACGCGCGUUGACAUUGGAACACACCUAAAAUCCUGUAAACAAGCAACACUCGGCCAAACUUGAGGAAUCCUUACGUGAACUUCACACAGCGAAGAUGACGUGCACUCGCAUGUGCUCCUCGCGCCUCUACCUGCUCUCCACGAGACUCAUGUCCACCGCUGCCCCCAGGAUCGUGCAGGCUGCGGCUGCAGGCAAGCCGCCGAACCUCCUGGCUGCCUCUUUCACCUUCGAGGAUCCCAGCGCAUUCCGGGUGAAGAGCCUGAGAGAGUUGUGUCGCGCCUUGCUUGUGUUCCGAUUUUGCUCCUUCCCCGUGCUUGUCAACAACUGCAACAAGCUGAUGUCAGCGGCCCGCAGCAUUCUGGGCAGGCGCGUGUUCUCCUCGCUGAUGAGAUCCACGGUCUACGCUCAGUUUGUGGCCGGCGAGAACGAGAAGGAGAUUUCGGAGUCCAUGGAGAAGAUGAGCACGCUGGGACUGAGGCCCAUGCUGGCGGUUCCCAUCGAGGAAGACCUGGGGGAGAGCACAGGAGAGAAGAGAUACGACGAGAACAUGGACGCCAUGUUGGAAUGCGUGCGAAUGUCCCACAGCAACGCUUGGAGCAAAGAUCCCAUGAUGCAACUGAAGGUCACGGCUCUGCUCAGUCCUGAGCUCUGUGUCAAACUCACCAAGGUCAUUUCGAAACAAGCGUAUGAAUUGGACCUCCUGGUCAGAGCCAUGGACGGCGAGGAGGUGAAGUUCCCCAGUUUGGAGGAGAGCGAGGCGGCGCAUUUCCGCUGCAGCCUGCGGAGACUCAACAGGAUAGCCGAGGCGAGCGUGAACAAAGUGCGGGUGCUGGUCGAUGCCGAGUACACCUACAUGAACCCUGCGCUGUCCCUCGUUAGCAUGGCAAUGAUGAAGAAGUUCAACAAAGACGGCGCCUGGAUCUGGUACACGUUCCAGUGUUACCUAAAGGAGACCAGGACGCUCCUGCUGGAGGCGAUCAGUCGAUCUCGGGAAGGAGGGUUCUGUCUGGGGGUCAAGCUGGUGCGAGGAGCCUACAUGGACAAAGAGAGGAAGCUGGCGGCGAAGGAGGGCCGGCCGGACCCCGUCCAAGACUGCUGGGAGGACACAAAUGACAACUAUAACAGCUUGCUGGAGGUGCUGCUGAGGCACAUCGCCGAGGACCCGCAAGGCUACAGGAUCAUCGUCGCCACACACAACGAAGAGUCUGUCAGGCGGGCGGCCGAAUGGGUUGAGGAACUGGGCAUCGACAAAGCAAGCGGCUCCGUGUGUUUUGGUCAGCUUCUGGGGAUGUGUGAUCACGUUUCUCUCACUUUAGCCAAGGAGGGUUACGCCGUGUACAAGUCGGUCCCGUACGGCUCCGUGGACGACACCCUGCCCUACCUGGUGCGCAGGGCCCAGGAGAACCAAACGGUGCUGAAGGGCAUCCGCAAGGAGAGGGACCUGCUCAGGAAGGAGCUCCACAGGAGACUCAUGUUAAGAGGGCGCUAGAAGAGUCUCGAGUUAAGCGGCGUGGCCCAAGGACAAACGCGUGAGCUUAUUUUCUUUUCACUCACAUUUGUGCACACCCGAAUCCAAACAAAAUAGAUGAGCAAUUGCCAACAAAUGCGUCUAUUUUGGGGACAUCGCGGGGAAAAAUGUGAAAAUGCCGGCCGCCAAAAACAGUAGGAAGAUAAAGUAAGCACGAUGGAAGAAUGUUUAUUAUAACUGAUCAGACAGGACAGGCUCACUUCAAACAAAUGAACCGAUAUAGGAUCAGGCUCUAGAGGCUCUUCCAGCCCAGAGGGUGCUUAUUGUCAAAACGGAAUGUAACCUUUCCAAAAUCAAUAGUUGCCUUGGUUCUGAUUCCUGUAGCCUCCUCGCUGGUAGCCGCCUUGCUUGGAUUGGUAACCGCCCUUGCCUCCGUCUGCGUCAGGGGCACAUGAGCAACGAUUAUUCGGGAAUAAACGAAAAGCUCAUUUGCUGGACAACAUACCUCUCUGGUACGACUGUUUCUGUUGAUAUCCGCCUUUCUGAUCUGUAAUGCAAGGGGCAGCCAAUGAGCAGAGCAGUCAACACCACCACCACGAAAAUUUGACAUUCGAUCUCUAAAACGAAGGCAUAAUAAUACGCCUGUUUUUUGUCUGCCGAGAUACUCCUUCCCGUGGAAAACGCAUGACUGAAGGAAACGUGUUUGUUUUCUCGUUUUUAAAUCGAAUCUAAAAUGUGAAGUCAACGUUCCCCAACGGAGUCUUUUACGGCAGCUCGAGCGCGACCGAGCUGACCUCUGUUGAAGUAUCCGCCGUAGACGCCCUGCUUGAGGUCGAAGACGCGCUCGUUGUUCUCCACCAGGCUGCCCAGUUUCUCGGCCAGCUGCAGCGCCAUGUUCUGCAGGGAGGUGGGCUCCGUGCGGUGCAUCACCACCGUCUGCGUGGGCUGGUCCAGAGAGGCCUGGCAGCGGGCGGAUGCCGAUAUUCAUAAAUACCUCCCCAAAACAAAUUCCAAGGAAUCUUCCUACGCCGUGCAGCGUUACCAUGAGCUCCUCGUUGAUGAUCAUUUUGCUGAUGAUGCUAUGAACUGUUGCUAUCUCCAACUCAAACAUGUCAGACAGUGUCGCCAUGCUAGGAAAAAAAAAAAGGAUUUGGAU